GUAUAAAAAACCUGGAAACUUUUUAAAAAACAUAACAUUGCAAUUCAUAGAAAUUGAAUUUGUGAAAUUCAGUAAUUUAUUCUACGAAAACCAAGCUCUCGUGAUUUUUCGGAUUCGGUAGUGAAAGUUCGCCAUUGCAAUUGAUUCCGUGUGAAACGAUAGAAGCAGAAUAAGAUUUAAAAGAAAUUUGUGAAAAAAAGUAACAUCUCGAUAGAAUGUCUUCUAAACGAAGAAGAAGUCGAAGUCCUCAUUAUGAAAGCGAACGAGUAAGAAGUAAUAUGCGUAUGGAUCGAAAGCCAAACGCAACAAGAAUUUCUGAUCCAUCGCAUCCUGCGGGAAAGCGCAAGGAACUUGACAACGUUAUGAAGAAAGCUCGACAACAGCCAACAAAUGAAUAUUGGGACAAAAAGUUGCUUGAAGUUGAAGAAAAAGAUCCAAAUCGUUGGAAGCACACUGGCUAUAAAAAGAUGUACGUUCAUGGAUCUCGCAGGUCACGAAGUCGUUCGCCAAUUCGUAAAACACCUGAGUCACCUCGUGGUCGACAUAACACGCAUUCUCCACCUCGCCGGCGAGUGUCGAGAACCCCUGAGAGAUACAAGCAAAGAUCUCCAGUACGUCACGCUCGUGAUAUGCCAAAACGUGAUGAAAAAUAUCGAAACGAUGAUAAAUAUCGUGCAGGUGUUUGUCGUCCAACUCCACCGCCUCAAAAGGCUGCGCGGACUCCUUCAGUUUCAAGUUGCUCGGAAGAUUCAUGUUCAGUUUGUUCAUCAGAUGACAAUCGUCGUGGAGGUGAUGAAGCGAAGAAAGCUGAACGUUAUCAUGGUCCAAUGAAUCGCAUGCGUCCUAAGAGUCCAGCACUUGGAGCAUCAAAGCAGAAAACUCCGAAAAAAGUAGCCACACCGAAGCAACACAGUUCACGUCGUCGCCGAAGUGCAUCUGGAAUGGCAAAUCAUGUUUUAGGAGCUCAAGUUUCUCGUGGUUUAAAGAAAGUUCGUAAAAAUCAUCCAUGGCGAAAGUUGAAAGUCGAAGGACAAAGAAGCAAGCGACAAGCUUCAUCAGAAUCAUCAUCAAGCAGCGAUCUACAAAUUCCAUCUUUAACAGCAACAACUUGCAUGACUCUUUCUGAUCGUUUCGGUAAAAUGGCUGAAUGGAACAAUGAUCGAACAAAUAACGAUAGAAUCGUUUUAAAAAUAACAAAAGAAACAAGUGGCGAUCGUUCCGCGUUUAUUUAUCAAGAUCCACAACAUUCAGCAAGUCCACCACCAUCGCGAUAUGAACACGAAUUAGAAGGACGGUACCCGGAAUCGGAAUCAGUACUCAAUUACAUAUCAGCUAAAGCUUUAGGCUUGAACUGGUAUAACGUUCGCGUUCGGUAUGAAUAUUAUAAAAGUAAAGGAUAUUUGCGCGAUUUAACAUUGGACGAUUAUAAAAAGUGGGAAGAUUGGUGGUACAGAUAUCAGAAAUGGUUGGACAGAUAUAAGAGUUAAAUCAUGAUUGAUUGUGUUGUCUAAAAUUGCAACUUUUGUGACUUCUUGAGGAAUUCAAGAAAGAGAGAUUAAUUAGAAAUACGACAUUUCAAGCCAUUUCACAGCAUUUCGUUUCAUUUCAAGCAGUAAAAAUGUAAGUUUUGGAUGAUGAGAGGUAAGAAUUUCAGAAAACUUCUUUUCAGUUUAUUUAAUAUUGUUUUGUGAAAAAGAUUUUCCUCCUUUUUUAAUAAUUAAACUGUGUGCUUAAAUUAUGAUAUUCGCGUUAGAAAAAUAUCCAAAAAUGAUCGUUACACAGCGUUUCGUUUUGUUUUAAUUUUCUGCAAUUCGAAUAUCUGCUAAUUUAUCUAUAAAACAUUUCAAAAUCAUUUUUUAAUUAUCACAAACAUUGUGACGUAAGAUUAAACAAAUCCAAGGAACAAAACGUUCGAAAAGUUCGUAAUUUUUAAUUAGAUCAUCAAUUAUAAGAGAAACAACUGAUUUUAGUUCUUAGAUUCUUAGUAACAUUUUGAUUUUUAAAAAUUAUUCAAAUAAAUCAAUUCUAUAAAUUACAAAA